CUAGACACAGUUUCAUUCUUCACCCGUUUCAGAAUCCAAAUCAAAAUCUCACUCUUCCAAAUCCUGAAAUGGCCAAAUCAAAACCUCACUCUUUCUUCCCUGAUUGAAACCUAAACCUCUCUUGUUCUUCCCCGUUACCAUAUUGCAACACUUUUCACACCCAAAUCGAAAUCCUUGAAGAUCAACUGAAAGAAUCUGAAGUCAAAUCCCUCUGUCUCAAAGCAAACGAGAUCUUAGCAGCAAUGGCUAGAAGAAGGAAAUUGAUUAUUGGGCAUCGAGAAAAUAGUAAUGGAGGAAGAUAGUCCAUUCCCACUAAUUCAAACUCAACCAAUGUGCAAGGAAGUAAUGGUGAAGAAACUGGUUCUGGUCCUAGUCAUACAGAAAGUGUCAUGCCUGAGUCUGUAGAAUCUCACUCCAUUCCUUCUGACAUAGAAGCUGAAGAAGAAGAACGUAUUGUGGAAGGACCUAAACGAUGUAGAGGUCCAACAAGAAUGUUAGAUAUAUGGGAAAUGGAUGAUGAUUUCAUAAUUGUUAAGUUGGAUAACUUUGGACGACCAAUUGGUGAUGAAGGGACAGCUUUUACUUGUUACUUAGGUAGUAUUGUUAGAAAGUCUCAAUAUGCACCCAUCAACAUCAAAACUUGGAAAGAUAUGCCCUCAGAUAAUAAAAAAGCGAUGCUGAAACAAAUAGCCGAUUUCAUAAUCGUUACUUAGAUAGUUUGCAAGUUUUUUAAUUAUUUGUGUAUCAGAAUUUGUAAUAUAACUUACAUUUUUUAUUUAACAUCUCUCAAUGUGUAGAAACGAUUUGAGUUUGUUCCUCCAAUAACCGAUGAAUUGCGAGAAAUGAUAAAAUCUGAUUUGAAUGAAAAAUGGAGGCAAUGGAAGGGUGAUUUAAAG